AUGCAUCCAUUCGCAUCCUAUGUUCUCCGCAGCUACUACAAAGAAACUGGCUGGAACGAGGACAACCUUUAUGCCAACCUCACGCGGUCUUCCAAUGCUCUUCUCGAUUUUAGCGUUCCCCGUGGGUUGCACUUUGGUAUAUCCAAGUCUCCAAAUCCUCUCUUUAAGACGACAUAUUCGAUGAAUGCCCUUCCAUCCCUCAAUGGAUCCGUCGGGUACAUCUUCACCAGCUGCAACCUCAACGUCAAGGGCUCUGGUGAUGUUCGCUUCAAGGACAUGGUCGACAGGUUCAAGGUAUUCGACCGCCCAAGAAGACCCGAGGGAAAAGAGGAAGAAUGGCUGGCGGGUGAACGUGCUGACACUCGCGACUACUUACUAUAUGGUCGCAUCUACAUUCCCACUGGACGGCUGGAUGCUCUCUAUUCUACUCGACUUGCUCCCACUCUGCAAGGAAUGGUGGCCGCCAUAUCCGAUCCUCGUACACCCCUCUAUUCCGAGAUGUCCAGAUCCCAUGCACCUGCCAGCAAUAUCAUGUUUAGCCUACAGCAUGAUACAGGCAAGGUGUGUACCGAGUAUACUUGGAGCGCGGAAGAUGGCAUGUGGGGCAUACGAUCCUUGUACAACUUUGGUAGGGUGGGCACGCCGGCCGAGGCCUCUCCCGAGGAGGGCGAGAAGGCAGGUAACGCCUCUCCUGCUCGCCAGAAUGGUGUCAAAGUAAAGCGGGUAGAUGAAGAGGAUGCGAUGGAGGGCGGUCUGAAGGGGCGCGUAUCUGUGGGCGGGGAAUUCUACUUCAGCGCGAAGGAGAAGAGCGCGGGAGUGUCCACCGGCAUCCGCUUCACUACUCUUCCCGACGCAACUCCUCCCUCCUUCCAGGUUCCCACAACAUCAUCCGCAGGGUCCUCGGCCGCACGGUGGCCACCAUCGCAGCCGCCAACCACAAUAACCGCCCUGUUUAACCCUAUGCUUGGUCACAUCUCCGGUGCAUACGCAGCGCGCGUGUCGCGUGACCUUUCCUUGGCCUCGCGCUUCGAGUUCAAUGUCUACAGCUACGAGAGCGAGUGGUCACUAGGCGCGGAAUGGUGGCAGCGUCAAAGCAAAGCGAGGCAUCCGCCGUCGGUUUCGGACGAGGCACAUCCACCCUUACUUCCGGACUGGGCCGACGAGGUGCAGGGCGUGGUUAAGGCAAAGGUCUCCACAACGACUGAUGUGUCAUUACUGUGGGAAGGACGCCUACGAAACGUACUCGUCAGCCUCGGUGUGGUCUCUAACCUCUCCAGCCGAUCCAAACCUAUCAAGUCAAUAGGUCUCGAGCUAUCAUACUUCAGCUCCGGAUAG